AUGAAUGCAGGCCCAUCUUGGAAUAAAGGGCAACGUUCAAAGAAUUCUUCAAGAAAAAGACAGAGUAAGCCCCGCCUCCCCCACGUUUCCCCCCAGCCAAGAAGCAGUCUCGGAGCUGCCUCCCGGCCCGCUGAGGACAGGCUGAAGGGGAGCAUUUCUCCAGGAGGAGACCCCGAGAGGAGUCCCCUCGGGCCCAGGUGUCGGGGGGCCUCAGGGACCAAGUUGUUCCUGGACUUUCAGGCAAUGAAAAUUCUCAAAGAAGAUGCUGAUGAGGACAGUGCCAGCGACCUCUCUGAUUCAGAAAGAAUCCCCAUUCCACCUUCGCCCCUCACGCCUCCAGAUCUUCAUCUUCGAGCUGAAGAGAUUGAUCCGGUUCACUUCGACCUCCACCCCGGGCAGGGCCAUGCGGAGCCGGAGUACUGCUACCCUGACUUCCUCCCACCCCCUUUUAACUCCUGGGACCUGCAGGACAUGGCUGUGCUUCUGAACUCAGAGCACAGGGCUGAGGCCGUGCCGCGAACCGGGGGGUUUCUCGGCAGGUACCUCGAUAGGCUGGUCCAGCUCGAGUGGCUGCAGGUCCAGACGGUUCAGAGUGAAAAGGGAAAGGGGGCCAAAGCGAGGCCUCCCAUGGCCCCCACUGCCUCUGGGGCUCUGAAAAGUCCCGGGAGAAGCAAGCUGAUGGCCAGUGCUCUGUCCAGGCCUCUCCAGGAAGGGCCUCUGAAGUCAGGCCCUUCACGAAAGAAGGACUUCCACUGCGAAGGUGCCCGUCCGUCCUGGGACAUGACCGAGGCCUCCUCCAGCCCCCUCGAUGUGCUGUGUGGCAGCAGGCUGUGUUCUCAGAAGCAAACCCUGGACACGCAGACAGAGGAGAAGAAAAAGAAAUCACACAAGAGCUCCAGGCCCCAGCGCUGGGACCUGUCCUGCGGUGACAGCGGUAGCCCUAAGGUGGAGAGCAGCGGUAACCUCCGUGCUCCCAGACCCGCAGUGGUCAUUCUGGACUCCCCGGACUCCUACAGGGCCGCCAGGGCCCAGGGGCACGCGAACCUUAAGAAGAAGGGCAAUGUAGGUAACUGUGUCCGCGCCUCUCUCUCCAGUGAGAAAAAGCUCAAAACGAAUGGAGUGAAACAGAACACGUAUAAAUUCAAAUAAUAACUGAGGUGAUGAAUCUCAAGGACCUAAACACUAGAGCACUUCCAAAAGUGACAAUACCGUGAGUUUUAAGAAAUUUGCUGAUUACUGACACUGAAGUAGUUGACUCAGUCCAUCCCAGCCCCCAUCUGGGCCCCACUAGGGUUAUUUUCAAACAAAGGUGUCCUUCCUUAAACCUUUUUUUGUGUUGACAGGCUUAAGCAAAUGAGAGCCCUUUAAACAAAAAUCAACCACGGUCUGUGCCACAUAAAAAAAUAAAAGGACAGCUCUCGGGGAGGGGAAGUGUCAACUAAACUCCCAACACCUCAGCCAGGACACGGAGAGCUGGGAUGUUUAGCUCCCCGUCUACACUGCACGCACACCACACGGGAAACAGCGCGCACUGCGGACAUCGGUGUAGUGCGGUGCGGAAUCCGCCAUGUGAGAGAGGGGUCCCCGCAUCCCCGGCGUCCUCUGCUCACUCAGCAGAAGCUCCGUGCGUCUCAGCCGCGGGUUACGGAGCUGCUAUUUAGAGCAGAGUCAUUUAUCACUAAGCUGCCUGCUGUUCCAGGCAACGGAACCCAGUGCUUUCAUACAUUUUCCCCGAUGUGGGUUAAAAAAAAAAGGCAUUUUCAAUUGAGAGGUGGUGGCGAAGUCCAUUUUUGUGUUCUCUAACGUGAGGUUAAAAUAGUGCGCAGACCGUCCAGGUGGAGGUCAGUGGGUUUAGGCGUGAUUGUUAGCGCUUGGUGGGAGGGAAGAAUGAAGUUUUGCCCCCCAGGAUUCCUGGAUGUGUGGCUUCUCUGAAGAGGAGCCGCAGGAAAAGCAGCUUUUAGAUUCCGCAAAUGAAGGGCCUACGAUCGGACAGCGACACAUGGAAUCGCUUUGGGUGUAACAGCUCCUCCAUCAGAGAUCGGGGCCUGGACCCUGCUGGCUGCAGUCAGAAGGAUCUGUCCUCGCUUGUGAGAGCAGGAGCUGAUACUCUUGCUGGGAGCAGAGGGAGAGGACACGUUUCAGGCCUGAGGGGGCGUGGAACGGGGACACGUGCACUGCCGGUCUUAGCGUCCCCCCCGGCCCGGGGCUUCCAGGCUCUCCUACGUGCUGCCUGUUUACUGGCCAUCAGGUGCAGCCGCUUGCUCCUCUGCUUGUUGUGCUCAGGUUCCUCCUGAUACCACAGUGAAUACCUUUAAACCUCUGGUUGCCCACUUCUUGAUAUACAGUGUAUUUUAAGGCUGCAGCUGAUUUUAGCCCUUUAAACAAUUACUCUAUUUGUCUCUUUACAUAUAUGUUUCUAUUUUUUCACGUUUGGGGCAAAUGAAAAAUUGGGCACUUAUCAUUGAAAAUACUUAAUAGCUUGCAGGCUUUUCGCUCAGCAAUGACACCCAAUGUCAUCCAAGCACUUUUUAAGUUAACAUGAGGACAAGAUGCAUUUAUAAAUAAUGAAAAUCACGGGGAAAAGUUAAAUAUUAAGAUCCUGUUUUGAAAUCUCAUUUGAAUCGUAUUAAACACCGUGGCAAGUUGUUGAUGGUAGUCUUCUUCGAAGACUUGAUUUCCGGAUUUCUACGGAUUCCCUCUGACAUCCCUUGUCUCUGACGCCACCCCAUGGGAGAAAGCCCGCGCUUACAGUAAGAUCUUAUGCCUGUUUAUCUGUGAGCAAACGAUAGACCCCUGGCAGGCAUGCCUUCCGUGGUUCGCUUACACUGUAACUUUUGUACUCAGUGUCAAUGCAGUACUUUGAAAACGUAGUGCUAUUCCUGCUUUUCCUUCCUGUGGUCCCUGGCGGCCCCGUGUGUCCCCCGCUUGCCCUGCUCCCGUGGGCACAGACAGGUUCGUCCUUCACACACGGCUGGCCCCCAGCUCGCAAUUCUUUCUCUGCUAGAUUUUCACGCAGCUCUUUCUGAAGUGGCAGGGCCGGCCAGCCUCCACCAGCACGUUGCAGACACGUGUACGGUCGGGCGUUACUCCUGCAGGGUGUGUGCUGAGCCACCGGUAACACGCCUGUGAGGUCCCUCGGAGAUCCGAAGGGCGAGGGUGACAUGGCCUUUCUCCGCCUUGUGUGUGUCUGAGCCAACCGAGGAGCACAGGGGUAACGACCUGGAUGUUACAUUUGUUCCCUGCUCUUUGACUCGAGGUUGGUUGCUUAAUUUAGGGGAGUAGUCAUAAUGUUACACAAUACGACAGUUUUAAAGCCUGAAAAAGUGACUUCGUUCGUCUCCUUCUUCGCCUCGGGCUGACAGCUUAUUUUAACCGACAUUAUUAGGAUUGGGUCAGAGCUCCUAGUGACUGCAGGGUCAUUACAGAACAUAAGCACAAUUUUAUGAUUUCUGACGCCCAUUUCUGAAUGCCCUAAAUGCUGUAGGUAAGAAUGUCGCCGUCCAAGCAGACGACGUGGAAAGUUGAGUUGUCAGCUCAUUCAGUUCCUCAGAUCUAAGCCAUGGAAUCUCCUAACACGAGUCACUGUAUUUCUGAAGUGCCUCUCACUUCUGUGGAGUUGUUUACAUAGCUAUUGCAUUUAAACCAAUUAAAACAAUCCAAGGUAUUAAAAAAAAGUGUAGAAACUGUAAGAGAAACUGCCUCGGGCUUAGAAUCAGGGGGAAAGCUGUUAAAACAUACAGAAAUGAGCUACAGAAGUGUGAGUAUUAGUGACAGUUGUUCAGGGUUAGAUGACGUCUCAAAUCUCUCACAACUGAACUGGCUGCAAGUUUGUAAUGAGCUGGAGAGGGUGGGGUUGGUGGCCUGUGAGAUGGAAGACUGGAGAGGAUGUGGCUGGUUUGUAGUGGUUCCUAGGCCCAUCUGGUUAGUUUCCAGAAAGAAGAGUUUCUGCCUGCCGUGUUUACAUGUUGCCUGUUUCCUCUUCCCUUCACGUUCAUUCACUUGAGUAGUUGAAUACAAACACGACACUCUGGGUGGUACUCUCGUAUUUCAGGGUAAUGGAGAAGCAGUAUUUAUUAUUUAUUCCUGCACAUGUGCAGAGCACCGUUCAAAAUGGCCCCAAAAUAUUCAGCAUGUUUGUUAUCUGCUGUUGUAAUUAUUGUAUGCUUGGUUUUGUACAUAAUAAAACAAUACAUCCAA